AUGUUCACCUACUCUACACCCAUGUACGGCUCAGGCAGUUCUGGAGGUAGUGACGGUGGCUCAGGUUAUCAGAGCUGCAUGCAGAUGUGUGCUGCAUCUUAUGCCGCUCCUACGAUGGCAUCAUCUACGUGGUCCGCUCCCCCCGCCACGACUACUGCAGCGGGUGGUUCUGGUUGCACACACACCGUUAUUGUUGCUCCUACCCAGGGCGUUCUGCGAUAUGUGCCUUUUGCCAUCAAUGCAUCUGUUGGUGAUACCGUCGCAUUUGUCUGGAAUGCCAACACACACACUGUUACAAAGUCAUCCGAACUGGCGAUUUGUAAUAAAACUUCGGACAUGCCAUUUGCUUCUGGGGUGCAGAAUAGGAGCUUCGUUUUCACCCAAAAGGUCAACGACACCAAUACAACAUUCUACUACUGUGGAGUUCCUGGACACUGUCAGAAAGGAAUGUUCGGUAUCAUAAACCCUCCCAAUGCUCUAAUGGGUAGCAAUGGAACGGUCUCCAGCAUGAUGCCUGUCAUGGCUUCAAACAGCUCGAACAUGACCGCAAUGAUUCAGUACACAAAUAUGGUGACGGCGAACAAUACCAUGGCUGGCAAUUGGGGUGGAAACAUCGACAUGAGUGGCAUGCCUCCAUCGUCCUACCAAUAUAUGCUCGAAAAUGUGAUGUAUACGCGAACCUUCUUGGCCGCCAACCCGGAAGUGUUGUCAGCAGACGGUGUCGACCUGUCUAGCGCAGGAACCACACCACUCAUAGUUCCAAACGACAUUACCACCGCUGCCACCAAUUCCUCCACAUCUUCUGGGUCCCCCACUUCAGGAUCACCGACUGCAGGGGCUACUGGCAGCAGCCCCUCACCAGCCUCGACAGGUGGUGCUGGGAGCCUCGGUUCACCAAGCAUUCUCGUCAGCGUUGUUGUCGCCUCCCUUGCGUUUGUCCUAUGA